AUGCCACCCAAGAAAAAGGGUUCGGCGGACCGUCAAGACUCAGCGGCCACUGAGGAGAAGGAGAAGAAUGCUCUAGUCCAGCUGGGAAAAGCCAAGAAUAAACCUGUUGCAUUUGCUGUGUGCACAAACUACACAUACACUCCGUCUGAUGAUGACAAUGUCCCUAUCGCAGGGCAUGGAGUUGCCUUUGAGGCUAAAGACUUUCUGCAUGUGAAAGAGAAGUUUAAUAAUGACUGGUGGAUUGGGCGUCCAGUGAAAGAGGGAGGAGAAGUGGGUUUCAUACCCAGCCCAGUCAACCUGGAGACCAUUCUCAUCCGGAGAGAGGUGCAGGCUAGGAAGGCAGCCAAAGCUCUAGCCAACAAAGCAGCAAGCUCUGCCAAGGAAGAUGUAAACAUGAAGAAAGUGAAUCCACCUCCAACAGUUCAGCAAGUGAAGAAGAAAUCGGGAGAACAACUGGCAGCAUAUGAUGUUGUGCCUUCUAUGCGUCCUGUGGUACUAAUGGGGCCUUCCCUCAAGGGCUAUGAGGUAACGGAUAUGAUGCAGAAGGCUCUCUUUGAUUUUUUAAAACACAGAUUUGAAGGAAGAAUAACUAUCACUCGAGUGACAGCAGACAUUGCACUCGCCAAAAGGUCUAUUCUGAACAACCCCAGCAAACAUGCUAUAAUGGAUCGCUCCAACACUCGCUCUAGUCUAGAUGCCACUGCUCAGAUACAAGGUGAGGUUGAGAGGAUCUUUGAGUUGGCACGUAACCUGCAGUUAGUCGUUCUGGAUGCAGACACUAUAAACCAUCCACUUCAGCUCAGCAAGACCUCUCUGGCCCCCAUUCUUGUCUAUGUCAAGAUUUCCUCUCCAAAGGUUCUCACCAGAUUGAUAAAGACCAGAGGAAAGUCCCAGACCAAACAUCUCAAUGUUCAGAUGGUGGCUGCAGAUAAACUUGCUCAGUGUUCCAAUGAGAUCUUUGAUGUCAUCUUAGAUGAGAACCAGCUCUCAGAUGCAUGUGAGCAUAUAGCUGAGUAUCUAGAGUCCUACUGGAGGGCCACUCACCCCCCUGAAAUGGAGACAGCUGAUCCUGCAGUGGAGAAAACAGCAGAAAACACUCUCUCAAAUUGCCCAACCCCUGCUAAGGAUAAACCAAAAACCAAGAGUACAGCAGCGACAAAGAGGAAAGGAUCUCAGGAGAAUCAAAUAGAGCCACCACAAAAUAAGGAGCAGAGAGAGGAUGAGGAUGUGGAAGUGAGGGAGGAAAAAGCAACUGAGGAGGAAUGGCUCCUGAAGAGUGAAUCAAGAAGAACCCAGCAUGGUCACCAUUAUCAUCAACACCACCAUCAUCACCACCACAGGCAGGCAAACCGGACUGAGCAGCACAAUAAUCACCCUGUCAAUUCACAGAGGGUGGACACAGACUUAAUGCUCAGUCAAACCUCAUAUUCCGACCCUCCAAGCCGACAUCUGCUGGUGGAUGAAAACAAACUGGACCAAACUAAGACAUUUACGGCCCGAAUUCGCACCCUCAAAGACCAUAAUAACCAAGACCGCCACCACCACCACCAUCAUCACCGCCACCGUCACCAGCUCACAGACAUUAAGAAUGGCCGUGGCCAGGACUAUGAGAUAAAGCACAAUAACCAAAACAGACAGCACAGACAGCAGAGCCAGCUGCGUUUUCAGCCUGAACAGCCACUGCCUUCCUAUUACAUUGAAGAACCCUUAGUUUCCUACCAUGACCAGCAAUACAGUCUUACUCACCACAGACACAACCAUCACCACCAGGGUCAAGCACGGGACAGAGAAAAAGCUAAGGAGAGAGACAGACAGAUCAAGGCUGAAAAAUGGACCACAGAUAUAUAUGUUCAUCACUAAAUGAUAAAAAAAAUUGCACCACGUUUAUGCUGCUAAAUAAAAUGUAGGUAUAAUGUCAGUAGUUGUACUGUGUAAAAGUCUUACUAAGACCAUGAACAAUGUGAAAAUAUAUUACUGCAUUGUAGCUGCAAAUAAAGUGUACUUAAGUCUU